AAUCGCAGUAAAUGCUUUUAAAUUUUAACUCUGCCAAUUACAAUUGGAGAACGUACUUAAUCAAUACUACCGGCGAGGUGACCCGGCUGACCGCUACCUACCUGACGAUCGCUACUUGCAAAUUGCAACAGAUAGUUGUGUUUCAAUAAAGGCCUAAGACAAAAAUCAACCAUGGGUCGUAAAUUUGUCGUUGGUGGUAAUUGGAAGAUGAAUGGUGAUAAGAACCAAAUAAAUGAAAUUGUCAACACCUUGAAAAAAGGUCCUUUGGACCCAAAAGUUGAUGUGAUUGUUGGUGUACCAGCCAUCUACUUGGCCUAUGUCAAGGGAAUCAUUCCUGACUCCAUCUCUGUGGCCGCCCAGAACUGCUGGAAGGUGCCGAAAGGAGCAUUUACAGGUGAAAUCUCUCCGGCUAUGAUCAAGGAUAUCGGUGCGACCUGGGUGAUCCUGGGACAUUCUGAGCGUAGAACUAUUUUUGGGGAGAAGGAUGAUCUGGUUGCUGAGAAGGUAGCCCAUGCCCUUGAAUGCGGCUUGAAGGUCAUCGCCUGUAUUGGUGAGACCCUUGAGGAGAGAGAGGCUGGUAAGACCGAGGAGGUGGUGUUCAGACAGACUCAAGCCCUGGUGCCAGCUAUUGGCAAUAAUUGGGACAAAGUUGUAUUGGCUUAUGAGCCUGUAUGGGCCAUUGGUACUGGCAAGACGGCUUCCCCUGCUCAGGCGCAAGAAGUCCAUGCGGCUCUCCGUAACUGGAUCUCUAAGAACGUGUCCGCUGAGGUAGCUGAGUCUGUGCGAAUCCAAUAUGGCGGGUCUGUGACUGGCGCCAACGCUAAGGAACUCGCCGGCUGCGCAGAUAUCGAUGGGUUCCUUGUUGGCGGUGCCAGCCUGAAGCCCGAGUUCGUGGAUAUCGUGAACGCGACUAAAUGAGUGUGUGUUUUCCAAAUAUUCCCCCCUUGUUUGAUGUAAUGUGGUUGCAGCGCAAUGCGAAGUUUGUGGGUGUUGCCAUUUGCGAAAUAAAAUUCAAAUGAGGCAAUAUUAGCAAGAUAUUAUAGAACAGAAUUACAUGGGCAUAUAUUUUAGAAAUGUUUAUACAAAAUUAUAUACACUUUUGUAAUAAAUUAAAGAAAAUUUAAACAGACAUUCAUCAUCAAAUUAAAUAGAAUACAAACUUCCAUUGCAUUCGUGACCACAUACAAGGGGCGGACCCGUUCGUACACAGAUAUUUCGUUCUCGAAAAUCAGUGUAUAAGAGAUUAGAGAAGAAAUACUCAGUGAUGAAUGGGCAGCGACUGUGUCGUAUGGACUGAUUCUACAAGUCAAAGUGGCAUGCAUAAUCUCGUGAUAACCAUUUACUAAGUGUCUAUUUAACCACCGACAAUUUUUAGUACUGGCAAUACAUUCGUAAAACGAACUCGACUUAUUGCAUUUAAAAUUGGAACAAAAAUUUCAUCUUUUUUUAUCAGUACUAAAUGUUGUAUGAACUUUAUACUUAUUAUGAUAUUAUAAUCAUGUAGGUUUGAACUUAUCUAGUUACUCGCACAAUUAUUAUUUGAUUUGUGUUAUCGGUCAGUUUGAGUUUAGUCAGUUUGUUGUAUGUUGAUAUUUUUUGGCUGUUAUAAUUUUUAUCAGCUUCCCUGAUAACUCGUUAAGAUUUAUUUUAUUUACAUGUUGUUAAAAAUGUGCGUACAUAUUCAAAUUAAACUCAAUGUCGUAUAA